AUGUUAAUGCAACAAAUCGUUGAUAGAAAGUUGCAACAUGAAACCCUUAAACAUGUGGCGACACUCUUCUCUGUAUCUAAGCGGACUAUAAGUCGCAUUUGGCAUGACGCUAAACUUCAACUUCAACAUGGAUCACUUGUCGAUGUAUCUUCGAAGAUGGCUAAUGUAGUUGGAAGAAAAAGAAUACAAAUCGAUUAUGCUCAAGUCUCACAAAUCCCAUUACGUCGUCGAACAAAUAUUCGGUCUAUAGCAAAAGCAAUAGACGUUUCAAAAUCAACAAUGCAUAGAAGAAUCAAAGAAGGAGCUUUAAGACCACAUACAAAUGCGAUCAAGCCGGAUUUAACCGACGACAAUAAGAAAGCAAGGUUAGAGUUCUGUCUAUCAACCCCACCGUUAGCACGACCAAGAUUUGAUGCAUCGGGUAAUGAAGUCUUUUCGAGAAAAAUCGGUAUAUUCCCAUUCACAACUUUGGAACCCGCAAAACGGUCGAGUAAGAAUCGUGUUGCUGGAACGUUAAUAACAAAACCAGUUUUAUCAGUUACUAAAGAAGUAACAAGGUCUUGGUUAAUCGAAAAAGUACUACCGGCUAUUAGAUCUAAAUGGCCACGAGAUCACACUGGUCCAAUUUUUAUUCAACAAGACAAUGCAAAACCCCAUAUCGAUGUCAAUGAUGCGGAGUUUAAUCAAGAGGCUUCAAAAGAUGGGUUUGAUAUCCGAAUUUGUUUUCAACCUCCAAACAGUCCAGAUUUGAACGUGUUGGACCUCGGGUUUUUUCAGGCGAUUCAGCCUCUUCAAGAACAAGAGGUUUUAGGAUCAAUUGAUGAAUUAGUUAGUGCUGUUAAAACAUCUUUUGAAGGAAUGCCAUCAAAUGAGCUUAACAAUGUGUUUUUAACUUUACAAACAUGCAUGAAAGAGAUCAUGAAAGUUCGAGGUGGCAAUAAUUACCAAACACCACAUAUUGGCAAAGGUAAGUUAGAACGACAAGGAAAGUUACCAUUAACAAUCGAGUGUGACGGUAACUUGAUAAAUGAUGUCCUUUCAUAUUUGGGUCCGCAAACGGAGUAG